UAGGUGAUUAGAUCAGAGUAGCAAAGCAAAGAAAAAAAAUGGCAGGAAGAAAAGGCAAUGAAUUCCAAGACAUGCUGCCGAUGAUGGCCGAUAAGCUUGGCGGAGAUGGACUGAUCAAAGAGCUGUGCAAGGGAUUCAGUCUGCUAAUGGACAGGGACAAAGGGGUCAUUACCUUCGAGAGCCUGAAGAAGAACUCCGCCAUUAUUGGGCUCCCAGAUUUAAAGGAUGAUGAGUUGCGGAGCAUGGUGAAAGAGGGAGAUCUGGACGGCGACGGAGCUCUUGAUCAAAUGGAGUUUUGUGUGCUCAUGUUCAGAUUGAGCCCUCAACUCAUGCAGGAAUCUGAAGCCUGGCUUCAAACUGCUCUGCAUUAGACUGUUUUACAUACGACGUGGUUUGGUACCGAAUUUUGCAUACAUGCAAAAGGUUGACAAAUUGUUGAUUCGUCACCUUUUUUUCUCCAGUUUUUUAUGUAUAUGAUACAUAUUAAGGAGAAUUCUAGCAUGUCCUACACCAUAGUAGUCUAAUAAAUUUUUCAUAUUUUUCAUUGUAUAGCACUAGUAAAAACUCAAUAAGAAUCGACACCAAUGAUUAGUUAUGAUGAAGUUAGUGAAAA